GGAAGCGCGUGUGGGGAGGCCGGGGCCGGGGCCAGCACCUACACUGGGUCUCCACAGCGGCAUGGAGGCCUGGGAGUCUUCACUGCUGGUGCUGGCCCUGGGGGCCCUGUUGAUAGCACCCAGAAGGCAGGGGCCACGCUCACACCCAAGGUGCAGAGGCAGGAACCUGAGACUCAGCGAAGGAGAUACUGACCUAGGACCACCCAGCUGGGAGGGCAGAGCCGGCACUCGAUCCCCGUCAGCUGCCUCCAACCACCAAGGGCUUGCCUGGGACUAGGUGCCCAGCAGUCAGGGACGAGGGAGGCAGUUCCUUUGAGACCCAGAUCAUCGGGGGCCGGGAGGUAAUCCCCCACUCGCGCCCAUACAUGGCCUCGCUGCAGAGAGGCAGCUCCCACCUGUGCGGGGGGGUCCUGGUGCACCCAAAGUGGGUGCUGACAGCUGCCCACUGCCUGGUCGAGCGGACGGCCCAGCUGAGGCUGGUGCUGGGGCUCCAUGCCCUGAGCCGCCCCGGUCUCACCUUCCACAUCAAGGCGGCCGUCCAGCACCCUCGCUACAAGCCGGCCCCUGCCCUGGAGAACGACCUCGCACUGCUUCAGCUGGACGGGAAAGUGAAGCCCAGCCGGACCAUCCGGCCCCUGGCCUUGCCCAGUAAGCGCCAGGCAGUGGCUGCAGGGACUCGGUGCAGCAUGGCCGGCUGGGGGCUGACCCAGCAGGGCGGCCGCCUGUCCCGGGUGCUGCGGGAGCUGGACCUCCACGUGCUGGACACCCGCAUGUGUAACAACAGCCGUUUCUGGAACGGCAGCCUCUCCCCGCACACGGUCUGCCUGGCGGCCGACUCCAAGGACCAGGCUCCCUGCAAGGGUGACUCGGGUGGGCCCCUGGUGUGUGGCAAAGACCAGGUGUUGGCCGGAGUCCUGUCCUUCAGCUCCAGGGUCUGCACCGACGUCUUCAGGCCCCCUGUGGCCACUGCUGUGGCGCCUUAUGUGUCCUGGAUCAGGAAGGUCACCGGCUGAUCCGGCCUGAUGUCUUGGGGUGACCGGGACUGCCUCGCUCUUUCCACAGGACCCUUCCCCUCCAGGGUGCAGCGGGGUGGGUGAGGACAGGUGGGAGGGACAGGGAGGGACCAAUAAAUCAUGAUGAAG